ACUGUCACAUUUGGAGGAUUGCUUAAGAAAAGUAAACAAAUUUGGUGUGGAAAAUUAGUCAGUCUUUUGCUCUCGUUUGGGGCUAGUCGAAGGAGAUUUCGUUGGGAUCUUAUGAUGCCUUUAAUCACAACAUGCUGUGCUUGUUGGGAGCUGCGUCAAGGAACGUUUGUUAGCUGUGCCUACAGCUUGAUUUAUGCUCUGGUGGCUGUUGGAUUGUCUGCCUAUGGGAUUCACAGCUAUCUCAACUAUUAUGGUAACGGGUUCCGCACACUGUCCAAUGACACGGCCCUUAGCACGGGACUGGGCAUGGAACAGCGCGUCCUGUACGUUGCCAACUGUGUGGACAUCGGUCUGUACGCCGUCUUGAUCCUAUCGGUCAUCCUAGUCAUCCUCGGUGUCAAAAAGCUGCAGCGGUUCCUCUUCAUCCCCUAUCUGGUUACCAUGGGAAUGCUCGUCGUCCUCCAGUUCUUAGUCUGCCUCCUCUCCGUCAUUACUAUGUUCAUGUCGCAUGGACCACAGGAGUUCGUUGAGUUGUUUCUUGCCGUUGUGUUCUUUGUCGUUGAUUUGAUGUGCUGGGUGUGUGUCUUCUCGUACUACCAGGAAAUGCGUGAUGGCAGAGCUCAGAUCAGAGCCAACUACACAAUCAGAGUACCUGAAAUCAGCCAAUCCGAGAAGACUGAAGUUACCAUAGAUACCAGCCGAUCGUUUGACGGGCCGCCUGCCUACACCGCAUUGUACCCGAAACCGAGCGACUAAACUUGAGAAAAUAGUUUGCCCAUGAAGUAUGCAUUAACACAAAUGUGCAUGUAGCAGUCAAUAUGUAUGGUAAUUAUCAUGUACAGUUUGUCCUAUGAUUGCAACAAAACAACAAAAAACCUUGCACCUGCAAAGCAAACCGUGGUCAUUUUAACACUGCUUCUAGUAUUACCCAAAAUCUAAAGAAGUGAAUUUUUCUUAGGGACACAUUUUGUGAAACUUUCUACUGGAAUCUUGUAUGAACAAUAUUUAACAUCCCUUUUUUGGUUAAUUGUCAAAUUUAAAGUGCACUUCUUUGUAUAUUAAACAUUUUCCAUGCUUUUCCAGACAAGUGAGGGCGCUGUUGCUGUGAUGUCAUUUCAGGAAGACACUGUUCAGU